GCCUCUCCUUCUUCUCCCCAUUAACCAAAAAAAAAACAGGAUUCAAAAGUUUGAAAACCUCCGUUGCACUCAAUAAUUCUUCAAAAUGAGCGGCGAUAAGAUGGAUGUCGAGAUUGCUGAGCAAAAGAUGAAUUCUAUGGAGCAUAGCGAGCAGCAUUACUUCAAGAGCUACGAUCACCAUGGUAUUCACGAGGAGAUGUUGAAAGAUGAGGUCCGCACACGAUCGUACAUGAACGCUAUUAUGCAAAACAAGCACAUUUUCAAGGACAAGGUGGUUCUUGAUGUUGGCUGUGGUACGGCCAUUCUCUCCAUGUACGUCCGAAACGAGACCCUCCAAAAGCCCCUCGUUAUGCCCCGCGCUUGGGGAACGAUAGCACUUCCCACCUUUGCAACAUGCGAUGUUCUCUAUGACCCGACGAAACAUUAAAUGAAUUCGAAUUGACGGAAUUUAUUCACAGGUUCGCCGCCAAGGCUGGUGCCAAACAUGUUAUUGGCGUGGAUAUGUCCACAAUCAUCUUCAAGGCCCGUGAGAUCGUCAAGGUCAACGGUCUUUCCGACAAGAUCACCCUUCUUCAAGGCAAGAUGGAGGAGGUCGAGUUGCCUUUCCCCAAAGUUGAUAUCAUCAUCUCAGAGUGGAUGGGCUACUUCCUUCUUUAUGAGUCCAUGCUCGACACCGUUCUUUAUGCUCGAGACACCUAUCUUCAGAAGGAUGGCUUGAUCUUCCCUGACAAGGCCACUAUCUUCUUCGCUGGUAUUGAGGAUGGCGAUUACAAGGAGGACAAGAUUGAGUUCUGGAACGAUGUUUACGGCUUCGACUACACCCCCCUCAAGGCCACCGCCCUGUCCGAGCCCCUCGUUGAUACCGUCGAGGUCAAGGCCGCUGUCACCGAACCCACUGCCGUCCUCACGCUCGAUCUUUACAAGUGCACCACAGACGAUUUGGCUUUCAAUGUUCCCUUCAAGCUCUCUGUUACCCGCGAUGACUUCGUCCACGCCCUAGUCUCGUGGUUUGAUAUCGACUUCACCGCCUGCCACAAGCCCAUCCGCUUUUCCACCGGCCCACAUACCAAGUACACCCACUGGAAGCAGACCGUCUUCUACUUCGAGGAUGUACUCACUGUCCAGCAAGGCGAGCAGAUUGCUCUCAACCUUGAUGUCAGACCCAAUUCCAAGAACAGACGUGAUCUCGACAUCAAGAUCUCCUACGAGUUGGAAACUGAAGAUGCUAACCGUGCCUCCAAGGGUGCGCUCGAGUACCGCAUGUGCUAAAAGGCUUCUCUAUGAGACGGUGCUGAUUUCUUGCUAAUGAUGACACGAGAAGUUAAAAAACAACAACAAAAAAACAAGACAUCCAAGGGUUAAAAAGGAGACACAGGGAGCAAGGGGAUAGACACUUGCGGGAACUUGGGAUCUGUGUAUAAGGGGGACGGCGUCUUGCAUCUUACAUGGGGUAAACAUUGCAGCUAGAUACAAACAUAAAAGAGAGAAAACAACAUAAUCGCGAGGGAUGGCGUAGUGAGCUGACGACCCGUCAUGAGUGAUAGAAUAAAGGCAGCACUCCAGAUUUACCCAGUCAAAAGAUUUUUUUUGGUUUAAUAUCUAGCCUUUCGUCCUGACCCUGUGUCAUC